AAUCUGAUCUAAUCUCGUUACCAACCUCCGGGCUCCGCCGUCGGAACUAUAAAGAGCAUCUUCAGUCUUCUACCUCUAGCAGUCGGAGUCAGUUCUAACCCGUAGGCCCUGCCUUGAGUUAUAGUGCAACCCCCGGCUGGAACUCUUGCAUCAUUCUGCAGGAACGCCAUGCCGCUGGUGGUGUCCGAUCUGUGACCCUUAGUUGUGUCUUGGGUACUUGGAUGAAGCCUUGUUGGAGUUGGGAAUUGGUGCCCUUUGGCGCUGGAUCGGUGUUGUAGGGUUUUCAUCUACCAACAUCCUGGCUGGUUUUUCGUUGUGAGAUAUUAGUUUUCCAGAUCUGUGUCACUGCCCGUAUUAGCAAUCGUGUGUGGUAUGGCUUCAGAAUUGUUUCACGCUUACGGGUGGAGCAUUGGUUUCUGAAUUGGAAGUGAGAAACGUAGUGGUUCUAACCUUUAAAUUGUGACCUUAGCGUUACACAUCACGGAUCUUUGCCUCCGUUGCGUUAUCGCUCCUGAUUUCGUGGGCAUUCCGGUUACUGGUGAUAAAACUCAUUCACACUAGCCAGGUAGUGUUAGAGUAGCAGCAUCUGUUGAGGAAGACAAUUUCAAUGUUGUUCUAAAUCAUUCCACUCAGGUGACUUCAGCGGUUUUGGUGUUACGGUUCUUAGCAGUUAGCUUUUCAGUUACCUUGGAGGUUGCGCUACGAAGCAGCCCAGGCACUUGAAUCUCUCACUUCCGAUCUCGUUGAUCUACGUGAUAUUUUCACGUAAGUCACGUGAAAUUAUACAUUAGGUUGUAGUGGUGUUCGCAGUUAGCGAUUGUUCACGUAAGCGAUUUUCGGGAUCGUUUUAGCACUUCCAACCAUGACGACAAUGAUUGCCGCCGCUAGGAUGAUAUCCUGGGGAUUCAUGGGACAGGGUGCAAGACGAAGAUGGUGCCGAGGUGAUCUUCCUGAUUUGGAUGCAUUUUCUAAGCCUUGUCGUCCAGUGAUGCAGGCGCCAUUGUCAAGGAGGUCACUCAGUUUGAUAUGCUCGCUUUCAUCGGAGCGGCCGCCUCGAAGCGUCAUUCCCAAGGAUGCGACCAAGAAGGGCAAGAGAUCCGAUUUAGCCUGCCGCAGCAGUCUGCAUGACGUUAGGGAAUUUGAGGUUUCGGAGCGACAUGUUUUGGGAGCUGCGAGGCGUUCAAGUCAACGAUCAAAUGCCACGACAUUUCAGGGGUUUUUCGAGGCCGACGCUGCAAGCGGUAGAGUCGAAUGCACUAGUCGAGGAUGCCGGCCAAUUUACGAGGAUUCCUUGCAGCUUGAUGAAAACGUGAGAUGGUCAGCACCUAAAUCCAGACCUGCCACCCACGAAUUCAGCACGAUCCCACCUCACCUCCUUUCUGAUUUCUUUACCGUGGACAUCACCAACGAAUUGAAGGAGGCCUUCGAGGCGGCGCUUCAAGAGGCACCGUGCAAUGCACAGCUGCUUUCUGAGUUUGCAGGCUUCACGUGGGAAGCGAUGAGAGAUCCUGAUGCAGCCGACAGACUGUAUAACCAGGCCCUCGAUGUAUCGCCAGAUGAUCCUGACCUUCUUGCAAGCCAUGCCCUGUUUCUAUGGCGAAGUGAUCAGUAAGUGAUGCGCCCGAUUGGUGGGUGCGACCACCAUUUUCUGUACCUAGAUAGAGUUCGACUGAUUAUAUUUCGUGCACACCCGGCAAGGCAUUUCGUAGUCUUGUACAGCGAGUGUUUGAACCACCACUACAUACGAUCUGUUGAAAACACUAAUACUGUUUAAAUCAAUUCUCGGCUAGAACUGCAACACGGCCUUACGUUCCAUAGACUGUCUCCUACCAUGACUAGGUCCAAUUCCUCUGUGUUGCUCAGUUGAGAGAAAGUGAUGUUUGUUCGGGAUCAUGCAUGAUCAGUCGUCCUGGUCCCAAUGACUGUUAUUAGCCUAGAGUUACUCGUAUCCCGCAUUGUCGCACUGAAAUCUGUGAAUUCAGGGAUCUUAAAUUCACAACUGUGGUAAACACCGCCCUCAAACCUCCUUCAAGCCAUAGUUCAGAAUGUGGGGCAGGCACCAGACUGGAAAGAGCUGGUGCAUGUCCAUCUUUAGAUGAGCGUCACAUGAGCAGAAAAUUGCUCUUUUCCGUUUUCCAAAGAUUUUCUUCAGCUGCAUGGAAGUUGUGUGCCUCCACUGACAUGGUCAGGAGCGUCAGUUGUCCACAACGCAGAUCCGCUGCCCUCCCAUCCCUUUAUCGGAACAGCACAGGAACAGCACAGCAACCUCACCGUAGCUGUCUAUUCAAGAUGGGGACAAGCUUUGUAUGAUGUUCAACCUCGAAUCGACCGACUUGGGCACUCAGUAAACAAGCACAUAAUUCAUUUGGCGCGAGAACCUGUAAACUCUCAAUGAAAGUUUACAGAAACUCACUGGAUUAACUCCCGUGUGCUUAAAAUUUAUCCUACUCAUACUACUACAUGUUUACUUCCAGCUGUGGUUGUAAUCAGUCAAUCUUAUAACAGUACCAACUUUUCAA